CUGCCGGAGGAAGUUGUGUAACCAGUGAAACCACCGCGGAACGACAGGAGAAAUUAGAAAACGUCACAUGAGCCUUCCCGGAAACUUCUCAAGAGAAAGUUUCUGUCUUGAGGAACUUGCACCGACGACGAGCCUGCUGCGGAGCCGGAAACCUCGCACUUCAUGUGGAAGCUGAGCUGGAGCUGAGUGUCGUUAUGAGAUGUUGUCUCCAAGCACCUCCUUCGUGCAAGUCAGGUUUGAUGACAUUAUUUUCUUCGAGAACUGCGGCGGUGGCAGCUUCGGGAGUGUGUACCGAGCCAGGUGGAUCUCCCAGGACAAAGAGGUGGCGGUGAAAAAGCUGCUCAAGAUCGAGAGCGAGGCUGAAAUCCUCAGUGUCCUCAGCCACCGUAACAUCAUCCAGUUUUAUGGUGCAGUUAUCGAGGCUCCCAACUAUGGAGUCGUUACUGAGUAUGCGAGUGGGGGGUCACUGUAUGAAUACCUGUCCAGUGAUGAGAGCGAGGACAUGGACAUGGGACAGAUCAUGACAUGGGCCGCAGACAUGGGCCGAGGGAUGCACUAUUUACACUCAGAGGCACCGAUUAAGGUGAUCCACAGAGACUUGAAGUCCAGGAACGUUGUUUUAUCUGCAGACAAAGUUCUCAAGAUUUGUGAUUUUGGGGCGUCUAAGUUCUUGACCCACACUACGCACAUGUCCUUGGUUGGCACGUUUCCCUGGAUGGCUCCAGAAGUGAUCCAGAGCUUGCCUGUGUCUGAGACCUGUGACACUUUUUCCUAUGGUGUGGUGCUUUGGGAAAUGCUGACCCGAGAGAUCCCCUUCAAAGGUCUGGAAGGUUUACAAGUGGCCUGGCUCGUGGUGGAGAAAAAUGAGAGGUUAACCAUCCCCAGUGGAUGUCCUGCCAGCUUUGCUGAGCUCAUGAGGAACUGCUGGGCAACAGAGCCAAAAGAAAGGCCAAUGUUCAAACAGAUCCUCUCUACUUUGGAGUCCAUGUCUAACGACAGCCAACUUCCUGAACAGUGCAACUCCUUCCUUCACAACAAGGCUGAAUGGAGGUGUGAGAUUGAAGCUACACUCGAGAGACUCAAGAAGCUGGAGAGAGACCUGAGCACUAAAGAGCAGGAGCUGAAGGAGCGCGAGCGGCGGCUGAAGAUGUGGGAGCGCAAACUGGUGGAACAGUCCAACACCCCGUUGCUGCCCAAUCAUGACAUCUAUGCCUGGACUGAGGAGCAUGUGUUUUUCUGGAUGCAGCAACUAUUUUGUGCAGGAGUUGACAUGCAGAUGUAUGCUGACCUGUUUAAAAAAAAUCACAUCACUGGAAAGACGUUACUUUUGCUCACGGAAUACGACAUGCACGACAUGGGGGUCAAGUCCAAAGGUCACGUUAUGCACCUUAAGGGUGAAAUUGAAAAGCUGACUAACGAUUUCCUUGGAUUCGUGCACUUCCCUCCACUGUUCAAGGACGAGUUUGAGAAAGAGGUGGAGAAGAGCAAAAGUGUGAAUCUGGAGCUGGUGUUUGGGUACCACUGGAAACCAGGAACUGGGAGAAGUGACUGCAAAUGGAAAAUGUACAUGGAGCUUGACGGAGAUGACGUCGCAGUGACCUACAUCAAAGAUGUCAUCUUUAAUGCCAACCAACAGGAUGUGGAGGUCCUGCGGAUGACUAAGCCUCCUUUUGUGAUGGACAAAUGGAUCGUCGGAAUAAAAGAGAACCAGAAAGUGGACUACAUAGUCAAUUAUGAGAAUGAUGUCAAGUCACCAAAGUGCACCCGCCACAGCGGCACGGUGAAGUGGGGGGUCAACGGUGGACAAGACGAGAUCAAGUUAGUGGAGCUGGUCAUCGAGACGGCACCGGACAGCAUCGACUGGAACCCCAAGGACUGGUCCAGCUCCGAUAUUGAUCCUAUGUGGAUGCACAAUGUGAGGUUGCGGCAGAUGAGGACCGCAAAGUCCCCUCAGAGAACGGGUCCUCGACCGACCUUCACCAGCUCCGAUGCCCGCACGCUGCCUCAGUUUCUGUCUGCACAUGAGAGCCAGGGGUUCUCUUACGCUGCAGCUGUGCGCCGCUCUCCCAACCGCCUCCGAGCUCAUCCCUGGAUCGACUCCCGCAGCUCCUCGCCAACGGCCAGCCUGUCGGCCAAACUGUCGUCGCUCCAUCUGGGGUCAAAGGGCAGCAGUCCCUCCAGCACCACGUCAGAGAGCGCCUCCGAGCGGGAACGAGAACGCCCGGCCAGUGCUGGAGCCGUGCACGACCACCGCAAGAACUUCUACUUUGGCAGCAAUGUAGGACCAGCGCAGGGUAGGGGGCAGGCCUUGACCAACACUCGAGGCUAUGUUCAGAAUAAAACCAGCAAAACCUGGCGACAGCCAGGGAGGCCACGGUCCAACAGUUACAGUGCCACAUCAGUGAACCGCCUACCCAUGAUUCCAGGUAUAUUGUCUGUGACGGAAAACCCCAGGGAGGAUAAAGAAGGCGCCAAAGCCAGCGACGGAGGGUGGAUCAAAGUGGAGCGGCAGAAAAGAUUACCACGUCAGGACAAUAAACCAGUCCGAGGUCGACAGAGGAGAGGCGGCAGGGGGGGGCGUGGUGCUGGUGGGAGAAGUGAACGUGGGCCACUCAUGAACUGACAGCUCCUUGUAUGCUGAACAUGUCAUGCACUGAAAUGGUUAUGCACAUAAAUUAUGUCUCUACACAUGCUAAAAGUUGUUUUAAGAGGAUACACUGAUACUUAUGAUAUAUGUAAAUACAUAUGCAUGACCAAAUAAGGUUUUUAUUUUUUAUCUGACUUCUGUCUGGUUAAUAUGAGAAACCUAUAAUGCUCUUUAAAAAAUAAAUAAAUAAAUAAAGGACAAUACAGAACCUGUUCUUUCUUACAUUAAAUUGAUGGCUUUGAGUGAA